AUGUCGAGCUGGGUGGACCUGGCCUUUACGGAGCCCUGGCUAUAUGGCACCAUCACUGUCUUUGUGGUCGCUGCGGGCGUGCUCUUUCUGGGCAUGAAGUUCCUGGGGCGGAUGAUCGCCGCGCGACAGCUCGCCAAGGCGCACCCGCCCAAUGCGCGCAAGCUUUCCAGCGAGGAUUUCGAGGCGCUAUGCUGCCGGACAGGGCUCUCGCGCGCCGAGAUUGCCCGACUGUACUUCACCUUCAUGACGGUCACGGAGGGCGAGUCUCACGACUCCGCCGAGAAGAUCAUCGAGGAGUUGCCCUACUUUGAGGGCCCUUUGCAGGAUCGGAUGAUCUCUGCUUUGAAGUUGCCGGAGGAGAUCGACUUUGUGAUUCUCGCCUCGGCCUUGAGUGUGUUUAGUGAGCGUGCCGCGCUGGACGACAAGAUGCGUUUUCUCUUCCGCUUGUAUAGCUCGGAGCUCACGGGCUCCGUGUCCAAGCAGGACUUCACCGGGGCUGGCUGCGGCGUUGAGCAGGUUACGCCCGGUGCAUUCCAUGUUUGA